CUCCAUCAUAAUGCAAAUAACCUAGUCAGCUCGAGCAAUUGACGGUUUGGAUUCCACCCAAGAAGGCCGAGAAGACAUUGAGGUCGCUGGGUGUACCGGAUUCGGAAAUCGAGACAUCUCGCCCACGUGACGGUCAGGGCCAACCUUAACGGAUCGAUCUGAAUUUUUAUGAGUAGCUAAUUACUACGGAGAACCCUUGCGAGAUAAUUACCAAGUACACUGCGGGGAAAGGAACGCAGCUUCGUUAAUUUUUCGCUUUACAUCCUUUUAAAAAAAUUUUGGAAUGUCACACCCCGGUUGUCUUCUACGGCGCCCUGCCAUAGCUUGCAUAGCGCCCAAGCCGGCAAGCCCUCGAACAAGCAUACCUUCUGUCGGAGCUUCCGGGCCCUUUUGUAAACAGGCCAGCUACUUCCAGACGCAGUGCCCCCGUUCCCGAUACCUCUAUCCUUCUCUCACAUGCUUCCGCAGGCCAAAGAACAGACCUGUUCCCUUACAGUAUGUCCGGAGCUACCACUCCGAAUUCCACCCUCUUCCAGACCCGCCAGCGGAUACCUACACGCUUGAGCAAUCGGCCAUCCUUUCGACUGCGCUGAAGCAUAUCCCUGAGUAUGGGUUUUCAACCAAGGCAGUGAUUAUGGGAGCCCGGGAAGCGGGAUACUUGGAUGUUUCUUUGCAGCUUUUCCCUCGUGGGGGCGAGUUCGAAUUGGUGUUAUAUUGGUUGGCGAGCAGAAGAGGGCUAUUAAAGCAGAAAGUCGAAAGUGGUGAAAUAUUUGGUCAGAAAGACGAUGCUGGUGGGUCCAUCACACCUGCGGAGGUGGACCAAAGGGUGAGGACCCUGAUCAUGGAGAGAUUAAAAAUGAAUACGGAAAUAAUACAUCAUUGGCAGGAUGCCCUAGCAAUCAUGUCUCUCCCUCCACAUGUUCCACCCUCUCUUUGCGAACUGUACAGGCUAUCCUCUGAUAUCCUAUACCUUGCCAAUGACCGUUCCGUUGAUGCGUCGUGGUAUACAAGACGCAUUUCCGUAGCUACCAUUUAUGCUAGCGCGGAUAUAAACAUGACUGAAGAUGUAUCUCCGGGCUUUAGCGCCACAAUGGAAUUUGUUGACCGCCGGAUAAAUGAUGCAGAUGCUGUCACGGAUACAUUGAGUGAUGUAAAGCGAUACAUGGGAUAUGUUGCUGGCAGCGUAGUUGCUGCUGGAAGGAGUUGGGGAAUGAAGGUAUGAAUGCCUCAAAUGCAGGCUUCAGGUCUAUUGAGAUGCAAAUGUGAUCCCCUAGUGUGGAGUAAUUAUGUAUAAUAUUUACCCUAUAAAAUAAUCAUAUACUGGAAGUUAUUCUAUGUUGUAGUUUGAAAACACUAGGAAACAAUGCACGAAUUCAAUGCAUGCCACAACUGUGGUAAAAGGUUGUGUCACAUUUGGUGAAUAGGC